AUGGCUGAAGAGAAGCCCAUGACGGUGGUGACCUGCACGGCCCCGGUCAACAUCGCGGUGAUCAAAUACUGGGGGAAACGUGACGAAGAGCUGAUUUUGCCCAUUAAUUCCUCCCUCAGCGUCACUCUGCACCAGGAUCAGCUCAAAACCACCACGACAGCAGCCGUCAGCCGGGACUUCAAAGAGGACCGCCUCUGGCUCAACGGGAAAGAGGAUGAUAUCGCGCACCCCCGUCUCCAGUCUUGCCUGCGGGAGAUUCGCCGCCUGGCUAGGAAGCGCCAUGCGGGCAACGGCAGCGGUAACGGUGACGCCCUUCCCCUCAGUCUCACCUACAAGGUCCACAUUGCUUCAGAGAACAACUUCCCUACAGCUGCUGGGCUGGCCUCCUCAGCGGCUGGCUACGCCUGCCUGGUCUAUACCCUGGCCAAGCUGUACGGUGUGGAAGGGGAGCUUUCUGUAGUGGCCCGCCAAGGCUCAGGAAGCGCCUGCCGCAGCAUAUUCGGGGGCUUUGUGCAGUGGAUCAUGGGGGAAAGAGCUGAUGGCAAGGACAGCGUUGCCCAACAGGUGGCACCGGAGACACACUGGCCCGAGCUGAGGGUCCUGAUCCUGGUGGUGAGUGCGGACAAGAAGUCAGUGGGGAGCACAGCCGGAAUGCAGACCAGUGUGAAGACCAGUCUGCUGCUGAAGCACCGUGCAGAGGCAGUGGUUCCGGAGCGCAUGGCGCAAAUGAUCCGAUACAUCCAGCAGCGUGACUUCGAGGCGUUUGCGGAGCUCACGAUGAAAGACAGCAAUCAGUUCCACGCCACCUGCCUGGACACCUUCCCACCCAUUUUCUAUCUCAACGACAUCUCCAAGCAAGUGAUAGGCCUGGUGCACCGUUUCAACGCACACUAUGGCAAAACCAAGGUGAGCUAUACCUUUGACGCCGGUCCCAACGCAGUUCUCUUUGCCCUGGAAGACACCGUGGGGGAGCUGGUGGAGGUGGUCAAGCACAGCUUCCCUCCAGAUGGCAACGGAGGCCAGUUCCUGAAAGGCCUGCCGGUGGAAGGAGCCUCCCUGUCUGACGAACUUCUCACAGUGGUGGUGAGAGAUCCAGCGCCGGGAGCGAUCCAGUACUUGCUGCACACCAAGCCGGGGCCGGGGCCGAUGACGGUGGAGGAUGCCGGCGGUCAUCUCCUCGGAGCAGAUGGGCUCCCUCGAAGCAGCUGCUGA